UAAUCCAUACAGGCUUGAGAUUACGAUGAUAAACUCUCGUGUUUUUUUUAUAACAGCGAUUUCAGCGCUCAUUCUUUACCAUGUGUUUUAAGUGUAUAGUUGUGUUAAGUAUUCUGAUCAAUGGAUGCUGGAGUGCGACUGAACAGCUGAAGUUUCCUGAAACAUUCAUGUUCGGGGCUGCUUCAGCUGCAUACCAAAUUGAAGGGGCGUGGAAUGUCAGUGAUAAAAGUCUCAGCAUAUGGGACAAACUUCUUCACGACCGUCCUGAGCUGGUGGUGGACCGCAGCAAUGGAGACGUGGCCUGUGACUCCUACCACCUGUGGAGGAGGGACAUUGAGAUGAUGCAGGAGUUAGGGCUGAAUAUGUACAGGUUCUCCAUAUCUUGGCCUCGUCUGCUACCUACUGGGUUUCCGAACUAUAUCAGCGAGGAUGGCAAGAACUACUACAACAACCUGAUCGACGGUCUUUUGGAGAAGAAAAUACAGCCUCUGGUUACCAUAUACCACUUCGACCUUCCACAGUCUUUGCAAGACUUAGGUGGCUGGGCGAAUCCCCUAAUAGCAGACUGGUUUGCGGAUUACGCGAAUGUGGUAUUUUCCUUAUACGGAGAUCGAGUGAAGUACUGGGUCACAAUCAAUGAGCCUAUGGGGGUCUGUGACGGGGGCUACGCGGAAUUCGCAGCCCCCUAUUUCAAUGACCCCUAUGUGGGCAAGUAUUUGUGCAAUAAGAAUGUUAUGUUGGCACACGCGAAAGCCUACAGGAUCUAUGAUGAGUUGUACCGGGAUAAAUAUCACGGAAAGCUAUCCGUAACAACUUUGUUCUUCUGGUUCAAACCAGUCGAGCCAGAAGACCAAGAAGCUACCGAUUUGACCAUCGAUCUAUGGGCAGGCAGAUACACUCACCCAAUAUUUUCAAAAGAAGGUGGUUGGCCGCGCAAACUGGAGAAGUUACUGAAUGAAAACGCUAAAAAACAAGGAUAUCACUACAGACUGCCUCCUUUCACUCCUGAAGAAAUUGAGCUGGUUAGAGGUACCUAUGACUAUUACGCUCUGAACCAUUACACAACGCGAGUGGUACGCCGGGCAAAGCCAGGUGAGAAGGCAGGCGCUUGGUUCUUUGAUGGCUCGGACGAACUUAACGUGCUGUUCAAUAAAGAUCCAAGAUGGAGGACCACCGAAGUCGGCUGGUUUGCUUUCUACCCAGAAGGUCUUCGGGAGCAGAUCCACUGGUUGAACACGACAUAUGACGUAAAGGAGAUAGUCAUUACUGAGAAUGGAGUACCCACUCUUGAAGAUGGAUUGGUCGAUAUUGUCAGGCUGGAUUACUAUAAGGAGUAUUUGGAACAGGUGCUGUUGGCUAUCAAUGAUGGAAUCAACGUGACUGGGUACACCGCCUGGACGUUGAUGGACAACUUCGAGUGGUUGGGUGGAUAUUUUUCAAAAUUCGGCCUUUACGCCGUAGACUUCAAGCACCCGAAUCGGACCCGCACACCCAGAGAGUCGGCGCGGUAUUUUUCAAAAGUGACGAGAAGUAGAAUGGUACAUCCUGUUGUAGACGAAACUAAAUUACAUUAUGUUAAAUGAUGUUUUAAAU